AUGUUGGUCAAUGUUGAUCGCCUUCGCUCGCUACAACAAAACAAGGCCUUCAAAAAAUAUGCCAUCGUCACUGCUUCCACUUUCAUAGUACUGGUGGCCCUCACAUUCGUGCUUUUGAUGUUUAAACCGAAAGAAAAGGACAUGAGAAGGGACACAGAAGCUUCGGAGUCUGACACCAUUGGCACCACCACACCAAUGGCAACAAGCAGCUCAGAUUCUGACACCAUUGGCACCACCACACCAAUGGCAACAAGCAGCUCAGAUACUUCACAGUUUGACAAAACACCUUUGGCAGUUAUAACAAUUAUUCGCGAAGGCGCACAUGCUCCAAAAGAAUUUAAAAAAGAAGAAACCCGACUAUCAUAUCCAAACCUCGAAAAUGAACUGACAGAUCUUGGCAUCAAUGAUUCCUUCGAGUUAGGAAGGUACCUCGGCAAACGAUAUGUCGAAAGCGGUUUCCUCAGAAAGCCUUUGCUGCCAUCAGAAGUUUACUUCCGAAGUCGAAGUUCCAGCAAGCACCUGCACAGCGCUGCUUUAGUUGGAUCAGGCAUGUGGGCAGGAGAAGACGGACAGUUUACCGCAGUACCCAUAUUUAGUGAAGAGGAGAAUGAUGAGAUUAUAAGAAGUCCAGAGGAAAUGUUAUGUGAUUGGAUCGCGGGUAUAUACACGCACAAUUGUGAAGGUAUUGAAGAGGCCCGCGAUGAUUUCAAACAAUUCAAUACUUUAUAUGAAUGCUUUUAUCCAAACACUCCAAUUCCUUACGAAGACGAGGAGAAGUUUGCUAGAGUAGUUGACUUGGGGUAUAAAUACGAAAACGGUAUGGCCGUACCGGAGUGGUUCAACGAUGUAAGUGAGCAACUAUACAAGUUUAACGAUAAGGCAUAUAGUUUCUGGUACUGUGCUAAUGAUUUCCGAAAUCUUAGAGUUUUAACUUCAUUGCAAGGACCAUUCUUAAGUAGAAUUUUGGAUGAAUUACUUGAACAAUGGAAUGAAUAUGAAGAUUUUGGAUCAGUUAGAAGAAAGUUCAUAGCCUAUUUUGUGGAAGACUAUCUACUCUUUACAAUGUUACAUGCGCUUGGAUGUGGAAAAGCUGCUUUGGGUGAGAGGUUUCCCAAAUAUAGUGCAAUACUAAUGUUGGAAUUGUACAAAAGAAAUGAAGAACCAGUUGUAAAAUUACUUUACAAAGAGAAAACGAUGACUAGCCCUGUGGACAUCACCCGUAACAUACGAGGAUGCUGUUCCACACCAUGCGAUUAUGAAAAGUUAGCAGACUAUUGUUGGGACAUUAGAGUUAAUUAUGACGAUAGAUGCGGUUAG